AUGCCUAUUGUAAUUUACAAAUAUAAAAACCCAAGAGCUUUGAAACACGAAGUUUCAUUACCUGUAAUUUUUAAAUCACAGACAAAUGCAUGGAUGGACAAACCAUUAUUUUUAGAUUGGUUUGAAAACUAUUCCAAACCAUCUGUAAAACAAUAUCAGGAGGAAAGACAAAUAUCAGGGAAAGUUACGACUCUUACGUGCUCUGCAUGCAAAAGUGUUUAUUACUGUUGUAAAGACCAUCAGAAGAAGGAUUGGAGCAAACACGUUAAGAUCUGCAGGCCAUACAAGGUAUCAACUAUUAACUUGUUAGAAAUACCAGAAAAUUUGGUUUCAAAGUUAACAGAGAAUCCGAUAUUGGGCCGUCACUAUGUGGCAACAAGGAACAUCAAGGUUGGAGAAAUCCUUAUCAAAGAGGCACCACUGUUUUCUGGUUCCCAAUAUAAUUCCGAUCUCGUCUGUCUGGGAUGCUUGAGGGCGCUACAUGAAGGUAGUAUUAUACCUUGCACAAAAUGCGGAUGUCUUCUUUGUCUGAGCUGCAAGCAGCAUGGACCGGAAUGUGAUUUCAUUUCUUCUCGCAGGAUUGGAGAGAUAUCGGUCAACCAGUUCAGCUUCUUAAACGGGACUUAUCAAUAUAUGCCUUUUAUAAAAAUAUUGGCUAUGAAACAUGCCCAUCCGGAAACUUAUGAAAAAUUAUUGUCGCUCGAGAGCCAUAGUGAUAAUACCAUAGUACAAGCAAUGGCCUCGCUAGUUUAUCAUUUCAUCAGAAUAAUGUUCAAAUCAGACGAUAUAACCAUCGAGGAAAUUACAAGAAUCGUUGGAAUUGUGAAGGUUAAUCCAUUCUUAGUUACACUAACAGAUCCACCACACAUGGCAAUUUACGAAUUAUCUUCAUUAAUCGAACACAAUUGCAAAGCAAACUGUUGGGUAGAACUCCAGAAUAGGGAUGAAUUGAUCAUUCGCGCCGGGACUCCUAUAGCAAAAGGAGAUCAUAUUUCUAUCAGUUACAUAAAUCCAUUAUUGGGUACUGAAAAUAGGCUGAAGUCUCUCCAUAAUUACCUUUUCCAAUGCACCUGUGACCGAUGCAAGGACCCCUCAGAAUUUGGCGUAAUGUUUAGCGCUCUAAAAUGCAAGAAAAGGGAUUGUGCUGGAUACGUUUUACCGGAAACAUUUCUCGAAACGAGACCAAAACCUUACGUAUGUGCAACGUGUAAAUCGUCGAUAAGUCCCGAAAAGGUGGAUUGGAUUUUGAAAAUGAUUGACAGAAAAGUCGAGCAAGCAAAGAAAAGCGGAAUCACCGCGUGUGACGAAUUUUUGAAAUAUUCCAAGGACAUUCUACAUCCCAAUCAUUUUUACAAUGUCGACGUUAUGUUGGCUUUGAAUAAAAUGAUCGAUGUAGAAGAUCCACAGCAGGCCAAUAAAUAUCUUCAGAUCAAACGGAAAAGAUUAUCCAAGAAACUUUAUAGUAUAUUUAACAUUAUUUCACCCAAUCAUAUUAAAAUAAACUUAUGAUAGAUAUCGAUAUUAAAAAUAUAUGUUCUAUUUUCCAGAAAUUAUCAUUAAUGACUUCGUUAAAACUUCAUGUUAAAAUUACGAACAAUAUCGAUAUUCAUCGAAUUCGUGAUAACAUACUUAUAAUUUCAUUACGUUUAUAAUAUUCAUAAUGUUUAUCUAUGCACUACGUAUAUUGAUUUAUAAUUUUAAAUUAUUUGAAAUAUUAUAUACAUAUAUCUGUGUCUUAAUUAUUGGAAACCAUCUAAAUAUGUAUGACGCUUGUGAUAUUGCAAAACUGCGACGUUAUUUCCCAUUUUGGAUCGAAACACACUUAUAGACUAGGCUCGUGUCGUGGUUGCAGCGUGCUAGGCCAACAGGAUGGUCUUUAAUUUUCAACUUGCGAUUCUUUUUAGUUUAACCCCUUUAAAUUGUGCCACUUGGUGAAAAAAUUAUAUGUGCUAAAUUUCAAAGUUAUAGCAAUUUUAUGUUAAUUUCUGACAUACUUGUAUUUCUUUAUAUUAAAAACAUGGGACUACUCUUUUAAAUAAAAAUACAAUUUCUUAAAUGUA